AUGGGCUUCGGAAGAGCUCUGCCGUGGAGGCAGCUGCUACUGGCGCUCCUGCCGGGGCUCUGUCUGGGCCUGAGCCAGAGCCACUUUUUCCCCGGCGGCCUGGGCUCUGGGGCGCCGGCACUGGACCUCCGCCGCGGCCCGGUCCUGCUGUCAGAGCAGCCGCUGCUGGAGGCGCAGGACUUGUCCCUGUCGCUGCUGCAAGGCCAAGGGCUCGGCCCGCUCUCUCUGCCUCCGGACCUGCCGGAGCUGGAACCCGAAUGCCGGGAGCUGCUACUUGACUUCGCCAACAGCAGCGCGGAGAUGACGGAAUGCCUGGUGCGCAGCGCCCGGCCUGUGCGCCUGUGCCAGAACUGCUACCCACUCUUCCAGCAAGUCACCAUCAAGAUGGACAACAUCAGUCGAGCGGUCGGGAAUGCUUCAGAGAGCCAUAAUUGUGCCAAAAAUCUCUUGAUGUCAGACAGGAUGCAAAUUGUAGUGAUUCUUUCUGAGUUUUUUAAUACUACAUGGCAAGAAGCAAACUGUGCAAAUUGUUUAACAAAUAACAGUGAAGAACUAUCAAACAGCACAAUUCGGUUCCUUGAUUUAUUCAAUCAGACUUUGACUUGCUUUAAGCAUAACCUUCAGAUGAACAUUACUCGAAAACUUUGGAGUCGAACUUUCAACUGUACAGUUCCCUGCAGUGAUACAGUUCCUGUAAUUGCUGUUUCAGUAUUCAUUCUCUUUUUACCAGUAGUUUUCUAUCUUAGUAGCUUUCUUCAUUCAGAACAAAAGAAAAGAAAACUCAUUCUGCCUAAGCGUCUUAAAUCCAGUACCAGCUUCGUAAGCAUUCAAGAAAAUUCAAACUAAAGGCAAAAAAUGGUGAACUGAAAUUAUAGUCCAUGAAUAAACGGUAAAGGAAGAAUGUGGAGAGAAGAUAACUGAUCUACGGUUUAACCAACAAUUCUAUUAGUGAUUGCUAAAUGACUUAGCUAAAAAUCUUAAUAUAGGUCAGA